AUGGAGAACGGGAGGACAUAUCAUCGGUACAAAGACGGCAAAUACACUCUUCCAAACGAUCAGGCUGAGCAGGAGAGGUUAGACCUCCAGCACAACGUCUUCCUCCUUACGUUUGACAACAGGCUCGGCCUCGCACCGCCGUGCCAAAAGGGGGCUGAAGUCCCCGGUAGGGUCCUUGAUGUUGGGACGGGGACGGGGAUCUGGGCUAUUGAUUUUGGUGAUGAGCAUCCCGAGGCUGAGGUCCUUGGGAUUGAUCUUUCUCCUAAUCAACCUACGUUCCUACCGCCAAACGUUGACUUUGAAAUCGACGACAUUGAAGAGGAGUGGGUGUUUGACGAGCCGUUUGACUACAUCCACAGCCGCCUCAUGACCUCCAGCAUCGCAGACUGGAAGGACAACCUCACACCAGGAGGUUACCUCGAACUCCAAGAAGUCGACGUAGGCCCCUCCAGCGACGACGGCACCCUCGACCCCACGACCUCGGCACUGGCGCGGUACUGCGCGCUCCUGCAGGACGCCUCGGUGAAGCUGGGCCGUCCAUACCAGGAGAUCCCCACGCUGGCCGACGUGAUGCGCGAUCCGGAGGUCGGGUUCGUGGACGUCGAGGUUCGCGUGUUCAAGUGGCCUACCAACGGGUGGCCAACGGCGGACACGGAGGAAGGGAGAAGGUUGAGGGAGUUGGGGGUGUGGAGCGGGCGGAAUAUUAUGGCUGGGCUUGAAGGGUUCGCGAUGGCGCCGUUCACGAGGGCGUUUGGAUGGUCCAAGGAGGAUGUUGAUGCGUUUUUGGUGGAUGUGAAGAGGGAGGUGAGGGAUGAGAGUAUUCAUGCUUAUGGGCUUGUGUGA